AUGAAGGAACAGUCAAAACGGACUUCAUCAGGUGAACCAGCUCCGAAGACCGUAAAAUCGUCCGGAAAGGUGGCCACAGUUUUUUGGGAUGCAUACGAUAUAAUUCAUAUCGAUUAUCUUUCGUCGAAACAAAUGAUCAAUGGCGAUUACUACGCAAUCUUAUUGGACUAUUUCAACAACAUUUUAAAGAAAAAACGUCCCCAUUUGACGAAGAAGAAAGUGCUCUUCCAUCAAGACAAUGCACACAAACAUGUAUGGCAAGAUACGAGUGCAAAACCUACAUUCAAUUCUGAAAUUGAAUCUACAAAUAAGGUUGAAAAUGAAAUUAUGGUACAUUACAUAAACGUUUGGAUUGAUGGAAAAAAUUGCAGUAUAUACCAAAUAGAUAUCAAAGAGAAGAUUACAUGCAUGAGUUGCGGAAAUAAUUUUUAUGUGGUAGUUACCGAUAAUUACAAAACGUACAUCAAGGUAGCCUGUGGAAUUGAUCAUACACUCGCUCUAACCGAUAAAGGGAAAGUCUACGGCUGGGGUUCGAACACUUAUAGACAAUUGAAUCUGAAUAACAGAGUUGAUCUAAUUUUAUCUCCUACCAAGCUAAACAUAGAUAAUGUAAAAAAAGUAUCGGACAUUGCUGUCAUUGAUUACAAAAGCUUUGUCAAGUCUAGCGUGGGACAUAUCUACACAUGGGGCUUUAUUUUUAAUGUACCAAUUAAAAACCUUGUUGUCUGUGAAUGUACGAACGCUUUUGAUAUAUGUAACUCGAUGAUAGCUCAUUCACCAAUGUCCGUGGCCUGUGAAUUCAUAAAUGAAGAAUUUCACAUAUUAAAUGAUUUGGAAACUGCAUUCAACGAUCAGUCAACGAGUGAUCUCACGAUAGUAAUCGAGAAACAAACAAUUUAUGUUCACAAGGCUAUCUUGAAGAUUCGUUCUAUAUAUUUUGAAAAUAUGUUUCGAACUAAUUGCAUUGAAAGCAAACAAAGCAUCAUCGAGAUUCAUUAUUAUAGAUACGUUGUUUAUAAAACAUUUUUAGAAUAUUUGUAUACCGGUAAAAUCAAUCUGUCAUUUUUUGAAGACCUGCUAGAUCUUUUGCAACUGGCAGAUGAAGUCUGCCUGAAAAAUCUCCAGAUAAAUUGUAUAGAAACAAUAAAAAAAACAAUUACUGUAUCAAACGUCAUACACCUCUUUAAUCUUGUCAAUAAAAUGGUGGAACAUUACAGGAAGGAAUUGAUAAAAUAUUGCUUCAACUUCUAUUUUAAAAACAUGACGAAAGUAAUACGGACAGAAGGUUUUCAACAAUUGGAUGCCGCAACAAAGGCUAUGUUUAUAGAUAAAGGGAGAAAUUUCUUUUCAUCAAGAAUUAAUAGAUCUAGUUAUUUAAAAUAA